GGACUCCUGUGCCAAUACCAUGUAGAGCGCGGCCCCCAGAGAGUCUGGAUCCAGAGGGGAUUGGGUGGCGCGGGGAUUCGGUAGGCCGGAACCUAAGACUAGGUGUUAACUCCUCUUCACGGAAGCAAGCUAGGAGCCUUGAAGUCUCGCGAGAUCCAGACGGAGCCCAACGGAACGCGGGGCUGUCCCUAUCACUAAGGGGUGUUUGUUGGAGGCGGAACUGUAACGGAGUGGGCCGGCAAUCUAAGGUGCGCUGUGGGGCCGUUUGGGCGGAGCUUCGACUGUGCGGAGAGCCGUGGCCAUGAAGGAAGAGAAGGAGCACAGGCCUAAGGAGAAGCGAGUAACCCUUUUGACUCCCCCGGGGGCCACAGGCAGCGGCGGAGGGGCUUCAGGGGACAGCGCCAAAGGGGAAGAUAAGCAGGAUCGGAACAAGGAGAAGAAAGAGGCCCUGAGCAAGGUGGUAAUUCGGAGAUUACCUCCCACUUUGACCAAGGAGCAGCUUCAGGAACAUCUUCAGCCUAUGCCUGAGCAUGAUUAUUUUGAGUUUUUUUCUAAUGAUACUAGUUUGUAUCCUCAUAUGUAUGCAAGAGCAUACAUCAACUUUAAAAACCAAGAGGACAUUAUUUUGUUCAGGGAUCGCUUUGAUGGUUAUGUAUUCCUUGACAAUAAAGGUCAGGAAUACCCUGCAAUAGUAGAAUUUGCACCUUUUCAAAAAGCUGCAAAAAAGAAGACUAAGAAAAGGGAUACCAAAGUUGGGACUAUCGAUGAUGAUCCAGAAUAUAGAAAAUUUUUGGAAAGUUAUGCUGCAGAUAAUGAGAAAAUGACAUCUACUCCGGAGACACUGCUAGAGGAAAUAGAAGCUAAAAAUAGAGAACUAAUAGCUAAAAAGACAACCCCACUAUUGAGCUUCCUGAAAAACAAGCAGAGAAUGAGAGAAGAAAAAAGAGAAGAAAGACGGAGACGAGAAAUAGAAAGAAAAAGACAAAGAGAAGAAGAGAGGAGGAAAUGGAAAGAAGAAGAGAAACGAAAAAGGAAAGAUAUAGAAAAGCUAAAGAAGAUAGAAAGAGUUCCAGAAAGGGACAAAUUAAAGGAAGAACCAAAGAUUAAGGUACACAGGUUUCUGUUACAAGCUGUGAAUCAGAAAAAUCUGCUCAAGAAGCCAGAAAAAGAUGAAAAAGAAUUGGACAAAAGAGAAAAAGCCAAGAAAUUGGACAAAGAGAAUCUGAAUGAUGAAAGAGGCAGUGGGCAAAGUUGCACAUUGCCCAAACGUUCUGAUAGUGAAUUUAAAGAUGAGAAGCCUAAGAGACCUGAAGAUGAAAGUGUCAGAGACUACCGGGAGAGGGAACGGGAUUAUGAACGAGAUCAAGAGCGCAUACUUCGGGAACGAGAGAGACUGAAGCGGCAAGAAGAAGAGCGCCGGAGGCAGAGGGAGCGCUAUGAGAAGGAGAAGGCAUUUAAAAGAAAGGAAGAAGAAAUGAAAAAAGAGAAAGAAGCACUGCGGGAUAAAGGAAAGAAGAAUGAAAGUACAGAAUCAGUAGGCAGCUCAGAAAAAACUGAAAAGAAAGAAGAAGUGGUUAAAAGGGACCGCAUUAGAAACAAGGAUCGCCCAGCAAUGCAGCUUUACCAACCAGGAGCUCGAAGCCGAAAUCGACUUUGUCCCGCUGAUGACAGCACCAAGACUGGUGACUCAACAAUAGAAAAAAAGCAGGAAAGUGGUAUUAGCCAUAGAAAAGAAGGAGGAGAGGAGUGAUGAGUCCAAAUGGCCAUGGGUGUCCUCCUGACUGUGUAGGCAGCCAAAGAGCAUGUGUUAAUUCAGAAGUGCCUCAGGGCAAAGGAAUAGAGAGAGAAAGUGGGUGGCUGUGCUGGUGGGGUACACUGCAGAGGAGUAUGUUUUGCGUCAAAGCAGGAACCUGAUUGCAGGUGCAGACUGGAAGUACAAUUUCAUUUUUUUUGCAGUUCCUACAAAUUAAAGUGUCAGACAAAAUGAGAGCAAGGACAUGCAUUGCAAUUUGCAGGUGGGAAAUGUCAAGUAGGGACUUGAUUAGGUAUGACAUGAGAAGAAGAAAAGAGAGCCGGCUCUAAAAUCAAAAGGUUUUGUUAAUCCUGGAUUGAUUUUUUUUAAUUUAGUGGAGCAGAGUCACUUUUAAAUCUUGUUGAGAUCUAGUUAUGUUCAUUGUUGGUGUUACCUGUUGACUUUGUGUAGCGUAGGAGCAACAAGCAUGUAAUUGUAGUACAGCUACAGUGAAGGAUAUAACAAAGGUUCUCUGGUGCAAAAUUUAAAUAGUCAUGUCAUGUCUAUAUCCUGCGUCCUAAAAAUUCAGGAGUAGUUUUAGAUUUCUGCUUGCGUAUGUGAGCUUAGCAUAGAGAAUAUUUUUAAAUGUCUCCCUUUCCCUUUAGCAGUUUUUACAUUAAUAAGUACAAUUUAACCCUUGCUUGCUUCUUGACAAUCCAGUCUUUGUUUUAUCUUAGGUCUCAUGAUCUGAGUGCAUGACCUGUCCGGGAAGGAAACUGCACCAAUAUUUGUUCCUGUUUAAGUAGCAAUUUUCAGUCUUAGUUUGUUUUGCAUUGGUGUCAAUAAAUAUCAACAUCACUCAAGUAUGAA